CAUCUAAUAAUGCACCAGGAGAACCCUGAUGCUCCUGGUAAGAUCCAUUCCUGCUCUGAAAACCAAAGGCUGAUAGCUGAGAAUCCAAGAGUCCCCACCAAAUAUGCUCCCAAACCACCUGAGCUGGAGCAUGGCUGGGGUGGAAAUUUGCUCCAUUGUCAUAAGCAUGCAUGGAGAUACCAGGGUAAAUGAAGGGGGGCAGAGCAACCAACAAAGCCAGGGUCUAUCCUAUACUAGUUGUUGUGCAGAGACACAGUGAGAGAUGGUCCUUGGUCCCCAAAACUAUAAGCUAAGGCUGGAGCACGCAUAGCUUCAUAUGGAUGAAAAGCAGGUUUUAUUGGCAUAUCACACAGUUCAGAAGGAUACGUGCUGCAUCUAGCACUGCUUCUGCCCGUAACCACCCUUUCUUUCUUUCCCUUUGUCCAGUAUAUCUCUCACACGGUUCAAAAGCAAGGUUAUCACAAUCCUUACUUACAGACUGCCUCACUUGGUGAAGUGGAGAACAGGGUCAUUUGUCACCCCUGUCUCUUGAGAAGUGGACAAAGAGACAGCAGAAAGGAGAAAUGAGCAGGAGGAGCCCUGCCCUUACCUUCACACUGGGCAGGCUGCCUGGAUAGGGAAGAGGGUGUCCAAGCUGUCCCAUAGGCAGAUGAAAUCAUUUAGAGGAAAAGAGGGGUGAAAGAAGAAUCCUAAACGUGAGUCAAAAUUCAUUUUUCUGAAUCAGUGUAGCUGUGCUUCCCCUCUAAUGUAGGGCAACCAGCAAAACUGCAGUGUGGUUCUGAAUAGAUGAGACAGAUAAUGAGUGGGAAAAGCAAAGUAAUAUUAACUGUUGAGUGGUCUUCAGUAAAAUAAAGAAUUUUUUUUUCCUCAGUAGGUAAAGCCAAGUGAUAUAAUUCACUGACUAAAAGGAGGAGACACUUGGCAGCUUGGCACCAGUACUAAUGAAGCCAGUAGCCUUCUCUGCUUUCUCCUUUUGGCUGGCUCUCAUUUUGGCUGGCUUCCUCGGCAUACACAUCACUGGCAGUUUUGUGAGAAGUCAGAAGAACCAUACGCUAAUUUUCACCAAGGAAAACACAAUUCGCAACUGCAGCUGCUCAGCAGAUAUCCGUGAUUGUGAUUACUGCUUGGCAAACUUGAUGUGCAAUUGCAAAACAGUGCUGCUUUCUACCAUGGAAAAAACGACCUACAAUAGCCACCUGACCAUUUGGUUCACAGACACCUCUGUGCUGGAGAUGCUCCUCAACUUCACAAGGGUGCGGGAUUUGAAGCUGUCCUUCUGUGGCACCACUCCUCUCCCAGCAGAAUACUUGGCCAUCUGGGGACUUCGAAAGCUCCGGGUAAACAAAAUCAAGGGGCGAUUUCCAGAGCAGAGUGUAACCAUCUACAGCAGCAGCAAUAACGAAAAAGAAAACUCACUUGUGGUGCACAGCAAAGACAGGCAAAUGCUUGUAUAUGUUUCUUUUCUGGAUACCUCACUGUUCAAUGGAUAUUCUUUGCUGAAGUCAUACAGCGUGGAAAAUAUCUCUAGUAUCACAGAGCACUUUCCCAGCCUGCUGUAUUCUGAUGUUUUCUCAACCUCAGAUAACAACAGCUAUGUUGUAACAUUUAUUUACUGAGUUACUUAACACAUUCAGUAGUCAGAGGCAUGGCAAACUGCUAAGAGAGAGAUGGGACUUCUUUAAGUCUGUCUGGUUUGGCCAGGAGGAGCUGUUACAGUAUGGGCAGUUCUGACUGUGAUAGCACUCUACAGGGAGGUGUUUAAAGACAGGCUCAUCAGACUACUUCAGUAAAUGCUUUCUUAAAAAACCAAAGAAAAUGCGAAACAACUGUUUUUGAAAGCCUCAGUACAAAUUCUAUAUUGUAAGCUAAGAAUAUAAAUCUGCAGAUAAAUUGUGUUUUAAGGCUGUGCCUCAGACAGAAAAAGACAUAAUCAUCUACCUCCAGUUGUAGAAGAACCUGAGCCUCCUGGAGAAUCAGUCGGGUUAGACGGCAGCUCAGGAGGUCUCCAGUCCAACCCCCUGCCCCAAGCAGGGCCACCUCUGGGAUCAGACCAGGCAGCUCAGGGUUUUCUACAGUUGGUCCCCAAACCCCUCAAGGACAGAGUGUGCACAAUCUCACUGGACAACCUGUGCCACUGCCUGCCCGUCCUCAGGGGGAAAACUUUUUUCCAACCAUUAACCCCAGCUUUCCCUUCUCCAGGCUAAGCAAGCCCAGUUCCCUCACACUUUUCUCAGACACAUGCGCCAGACAGACCCUGACCAUCUUGGUGGCUCUCCACUGGACUACUUCAGUUGAUCCAUAUCCUUCUUGCACUGGGGGCCCAAACCUGCAUGCAGUAUUCCGUAUGCAGUCACUUAGUAAGUGCCGGACAGGGGGAAUAAUCCCUUCCCUCUAUCUACUGGCUGUGCCCAGUAGAUACAGCCCACUGCUGUCAGGUUCAAGGGCUGCAAGGUGAUUGCAGUCACUCAGACUGGGAGUGCCGAGUUGUCCUUGCCCUCUGGUACUCCGUCAGAGCUGGGACCCCCCUGCCCGGGCUGGGUGACACAGGCUCUUACAAAAGCAGGGAUGGGCUACACAAGCAGCCUCCGACCUCAGCGCACAACCAAAGGUGUGUUUGAGGGAUGACCAGGAAGCUGUGCUCUGACAAGCCAUGGCACACACCAUGGGAAAGCAUUGGGCAAGAGGCCACCUAACAAGUGAGACAGCAUGCUCACAAGGGUGUUUUUCCCAGGGAAAGGUCUGUCUCUUGCACAUCAGGUGUGCCAAUUCCUGCAGUUUCCCCAAAUGCAGGGAACUUGACCUCAACUUUUUUGAUAAUGGCAAGCUCUGCUCAUGUUCUCCUCUAUAAGAAAGGAGAAAGGUCCCAUCCAACGACUGUCAUGUGAUAAGGGAGGUGAGACUUCCGGCAGACACGUAGCAAAUAAUUUUCAGAUGUAUUGCAGGAGGAAGAUUGCCAUCCCUUGAAAAACAUACAUCAAGACUAUUUAUAUAGCCUGAAGUCAGCUCCUUGCCCAUGUCUGUAGGAUUUGCAUUCUAUGAGUUAUGAUUAAGGCCAGGAUCCAUCCAUAUAGUACAAUAAAGGCUUUGGAAUAGCAAGUCCUAACAGUCUUGCAUUGACAGCAAAGGAUUGCAUGAAACCGGGAUAAAAUAUGUGUGCUGAGGGGAAUGGCUGUCAAGAUUCUGUGGAACCAAUGAAUUUGCUUCAAUAACUUCAAAUAAAGACUUUUUCUAUAACUGUAAUCAAUGAUGGAGCCGUUUUCCUAGGAAGCAAAACUUGAUUCUUCCGAAUACUUACAUACAUGCACACCUUCCAUUACUGUGAGCUUUCCCAAUGACAUGAACAACGCGGUAACUACUGAAUUAAUGGGGUCUAUUUGCAAUUGCAAAUUAACAGAUUUAAGCACACAGGUGUUUGAAGGCUCAACCGGAGAACUAUUAAAUCAUUACUAUAAAACAUUAAAAAUGUUGUGAAGACAACACCUUUGUCAGCACCUUGGCAACAAACCAUGAGCCUUCUCCCCAAAUCACAAAUACUUCUAGUUGUUGGAAGAAGGGUUCGCCGGAGUCAAGAAGAUGCUCAAUAUAAGUUAUGCAUCUUGCUCUACUUUAUUAGUUUCUAACACUACUUAUAUAGAACCGAUACACAUGCAUAUUCGUAAAGCAGAAAUAUAACUGGUUAGUAGUCUCUAAACACGUGCGGUUCUCACACCCCUAAUUAUCAUGACUAAAAUAAGCAUUCUAUCCAUGUAGCUAAUUGUGUUGCUGUGCUUCAGCCUUGUAGUUUGUUACUCCCUAUUUUCCCAUACCGGUCCCUAUCUUUCUUGGCCCUGCACCAGCUUUCCCAGCAGCUGUAUCUUGUUACAGCCACGGCCUGUUGGCACAACAUAAUUACUUGGUCUCAGGAUGCAAGAAUAGCUCAAGGCUACCUUUCUUGUUACCUCCAUCACAGCAACUUCAGUACAAUUCUGAUUACAGACCUAUUCUAAUACCAGGCCUGGAUUGCGCAGAUCUUCAGAGAUUCUAAGGCCAUGCUUCUGCAGCCAUUCUUCUACAUCUACUGAUACCUCUCAUGGUUGUAUCACAGGUUACAAAACACUUAGGCGCUGGAGCUGGGUUGGCAGAGGCUGGGGGUGCAGGGGUGCAGGGUGGUGUUCUGAGCACAUUACAUGUCUGGUAUGUAUUACAGACAGGCAAAUAAUUCAUAUUGUCUGCCCAGGAAUCCCAUGCUCCAACUGUCUGUGCAGGAGCACUAACCUUGCCUUCACACACUGGCUAGUCACUAAUCCUGCACAGGAUAGUGUUGUUAAAAAGAUUAAUAAAAUAGAGCUGGCACACACAAAUAUGUUGAUUUCUAAAUGUUACCAACUCUCUCUUUAAACUGGGAAAAUGAAACCUAAAUUAUACUCGGUGAAAUCACUAACCGAGCUUCUGCUGCCCUCUAGUAAAAUACGUGCUGAAUAACACAGUACUUCCACAUCGCCGUGACAGCAGUGGUUGGCCGCUGUUACUGUUCAAAAGCCACACAUGCAGCAGGAACUGAGAAUGUACGUAUUCUGGCCUGUUGGGAAGAAACCAUGACAUUAAUAACUCCAUGGGCUUUCUAACACUGAAAAUUACACUUUCAGUUACUUUUGCCACUGUAUAAGGUUGACAUAAGAGACUUUUUAUCCCUGUGCCCAAAUAACUCAUGCAGAGAUGUUACCGGAAUCAGGAAAAAGUCUUCCUCUCAAGUACAUGUGCAGCAGAAAUCCACGGCACCAACACUGCAGUGAUCUAUUCAACUCCCCUGCAGCUGACACAGAGAACCAUAGAUUCUCCCAAUUUCAGUGUUAUAUUGCUUUGCCAUAUGAAAGUACCGCAUUAGGAGCUUGCAGAGUUUCUUCAGAGCAAUGUAUACAAAACACAAAUCACGUAUGUUGUGAGUCUUUAGUUCUGUUGGUGCUGGUUUGGUUUUUUUUUUUGUCUGCAUGUAAACUACACACAGUGGUACAUCAAGCAUCACUGCAGAAAUAAGUAUGUGGUUUUGUGAAUCUCCUUUAAAUCCCAGCGCAAGAUACUCACACUUGACCACACUCAACACCCUAUGCUGUUUGAUUAUGUAUUUACAGCAGUUAAUAUAUAUGGUAGUUUAAUUCUCCAUGUAUCAGGUUCAACCUGUAUGCGUUCACCAGUCUAACCUUGAUGCGUGAUUAUUGAAUAUGCCAAUCAACAAACUGACAGGAUUUUUUUGUAUCAGAAAAAAACUGAGACAGGAGCUAUAAAUUUGCGGUUUUCCUUCCUACUAGUAAUUCCAGUGCAACAACACAAAAGUAAUGGGAUGCUUUCUAUGGGAGAUCUUGCUGUGCAGCAGCAGGAGGCUGCAGAGUCCAGUCAGGCCUUUCAUAUCCUCUGGGGCAGACUCCCAAAGUCGCCUGGCCCUUCUGAUACAGCAGGAAGGCUGAAAAGAGGUCUUAGUCCUUAACACACUUGUAUUUGGGGACACCGUCUUAUAAAAAGUCAGCAAUCUUUUGAUAUCUCCCAGCAAACUCGCAGUUUUUCCUUUAGUCAACAUAGCGGCUAGAGGCUCGACUGACUUCUGAGGACGCCCCCAGCCUAGAUGAAACCGAAUCCCAGAAAGCCCUCCACAUGAAACAUACCGCGAAGACCACCACAUACGAUUUCCCCGCUCCACGCCAGAAGCCAAGAUUGCUGCAGGGACGGGAGCGGCUGUCCGGGCCUGGCUGCGCAGCGCAGAGGUGCCAGCCCCGGCUGAGGGGCGGACCCCGGUCGCCGAGGAGAUGAGGGGGCUGGGCGCGGCAUGGGCGCUCCCCCUCUCCCCGCAGGCCCGCUGCCAGCGGCCCCGCGGUGUUUGUGGAGCGGCGGCGGCUCUCCCCUCCCUCGCACACAGCCGCCCCCGGCCGCCCCGACGGCUCUCCCCUCGCACACAGACACACACACACACACACACA